AUGUCGACAUCAUCAAAUAAUAAACAAGAACAAAAAUUACCACCAAUAAAUUUACCUGAUAGUGAAUGGAAAGAAAAAUUAACUAAUGAACAAUAUCGUAUAUUACGAAAGAAAGAAACAGAAUUUCCAGGUACAGGUGAAUAUAAUAAACAUUUUGAAACUGGAACAUAUAAAUGUGCUGGUUGUGGAAAUGAUUUAUACGAUUCAACAUCGAAAUUUGAUUCACAUUGUGGUUGGCCCGCAUUUAGUUCAUCAUUAGGUACAUCCGUUAAACAUGAAAAAGAUGCAGAUGGUUAUCGUGAAGAGAUUUUAUGUGCUAAAUGUGAUGGUCAUUUAGGUCAUGUCUUUGAAGGUGAAGGAUUACGAGAUGCAAAUGGAAAAAUAAUUCAACAACGUCAUUGUGUUAAUUCUGCUUCAUUAAAAUUUGCCAAGAAAAACUAA